AUGGAAAACCAGGCGAAGGCGUUCCCUAUCCUUCGCCUUCCAAUAAUUGUAAUUCAAGAAGUUGUGAGCAUGAUGAACCCAUUCGAAAUAUUACAUUUCUCAUUGAUGUCCCGUAUCGCCAAACUGAUUGGACAAAUGUGUUGGAGAAACAGUCGCCAUAUAGACUACCGCUUUGAUGUCCAGAUACGCAAGGAACCAUUAGUCGCUUUCACAACAGGAAAACGUCGAUGGGUGUAUAUGAUCACAACAGAUUCGGAUAAAUCUGACAAAAACGGAAAUCGAGAGGAUUUGGAGAACAUUGAACUGCUGCACAAGUACUACAAGAAUCCGAUAGAAGGAUUGAAAACGUGGUUUCAAAUCGUACAAAACACGCUGAAUGCAACCCUCCAGUGUUUUACGAUAAACACCGAUGAUUACCCUGCUCAAAACAAACUUUUAAUCGAUUGGAUCAAAACUCAGACAUCAACAGUCGAACAGUGCGUUUUUGAUGGCAGCAAUCUAGCUGAUGAUGAUGUUAUGUAUUGUUUAGCCACCAUGACGAUAAAAUGGGGUUUGUAUUUACAUGCUAAGCUGAGUGACCAAUUUACAUACAACUUUCCUUGUGAAUUCGCUUAUUUUACUGUUCAAUUCGGAGAAUGGAUUACGGUGGAACAACUGAUAUCGAUUCCGGCAAUUAGUAUCUCUAUUGUCUACUCUAGUUUUACACCUUUAGAAUUGAAGGGGUUUUUCCAGGUGUGGAGAGCUAAAUUAGUUCACCAAACAUUGCAGUAUUUUGAAAUUGUAAUCAAGAGUCGACAUCAUUUAGAAGCGAUUGAAAGUCUUCCACAUUCUGAAAUUCACAAUGAAGAGCCAAUGCAUCUGGAAAAUGCGUUUUACAAAGCUACACUCCUAGGUGGCAUUGAAAUCAAAAGAUGUGAUGGAGCUACAGCGGUUCUUGGACUGUGCGAGAGUCGUCAUUCAGAAUUCGGGCUUCUCUGUUUUUGUCUGUGCUCUGAUUAG